AUGAUGCUAUACACUCCUCGUCCGAGGCUCCCUCCAACUCCUACUCCUGCACUCUUCCCUACCACCACCGUCUCUACAGCCUCUCGCUCCUCUGCUCGCCCUCCAGCAUCAACCGAGUCUCUCUCUUCCAAACCUACGAUAGCGGAAUCCAACAUCUCCAUCUCUACCGUCUCUGCCAAGUCUACCAAAUCAGUCGUCACCAUUCUUCCACCACACGCGAGCAGCCCGAAGCAUGCAGAGGGCAGGAAUAGACCAUCGUCGAUUACAAUCACCGUCACACCCAUCCGAGCUGAAUCACCUUCGCCUUCCGACAUCGAUGCGGAGAUGGGGAAACCCGGAUUGUCUUCGCCAAUGUCUGCUGCCUCAGACACCAUGACGAGUCGGCCAACGACACCAACAAGCCCCGUCCAGAUCCCAAAGCCAGGCAGCCGUAGCCGACACUUCGAUGCUGUCCAUCCCGUGCGACGCCAUAACACCCCUCGUCGCAAGGCCCCAAACAAUGUUCGCUCGCCGGAGUCUCUAUCGCCGUCGGUGGCGGCCUUGUUGGCUGUCACUGACAUCCCACGGCCCCGACGGGCGCAGCGGAAACCGCGUGGCCAGGACCGCUUGUUAACCGUCGAUGCCAUCAUUGCUAAUGAGAGCUCACUCUCAGAGAAGGAACUUAGCUGGUCGCUGAGUCGCGGCAGUCCGAUGGACGUGCUGAUGUCGCCUCCCGACAGCCUAGAUGAGGACUUCUUGGGCAGCGACUGCGGAAGCGUCCAUAUGGCCAGAACGCUUUCUGUCGAUUCCAUGCCAUCUCUUGGCAACUCUUUCGGCACCGAUGUGAUUUCCUCUGUCGAGUCCCCUCGAAGCUUAAGCCCUCAGUCUCUGCACCGGAGAAAGGUCAGCCCCAUUCGUAGGUCGCUUGGGCCCAUCCGCUCUCCUCCAGACAGCAUCGCCGAGCACCCACUCUCUCCUGAGCCAUCACGAGACGAAGAUGAGCUGGACACGCUGAACCUUCCAAGUCCCGAGGACGACCAACCAACUUCAUACCAGUUCAUACAGUUCAAGCCGCUCCGGGCAGUCUUCAAGUCCAAUCUUACAGCAUCACUACGAGCGCUGCGAUCAGCAGCCAAAUCCUUCUCAAGCAUCAACUUUCCAUCUAUUCCGCCCGAUGAUCUCAUUACCCGCUCUAUCCUCACCAUGGACCCCAAGGUGCCCUACGCUGACGAGCGUCGACCACCCGUCACGGAGGAAAUACCAUCUGCCGAACUACGCCGGUACCUGAAUCCAACCACCAGGCUGUCGCGUGAGACGCAGUCUCGACCUCUGCAACAGCCCGGCACUUUUGCCGCAUCCAUUCAAAUGCAAACCUACAAAAUUCAGCGCACACGACCCACAGAUGCCGCGGCGCGCAAUGCGUAUCCAUCCACCUCACCGCUAUCUCCAUCGACUCCCGCGAGCCAGCCUGCGCAAACGCCGGUCCAAGAUUCAGUCCCUCCGCUUCCUGCUAUGCGACAGCGAGAGAUGCGAGAGAAUCCCGACUUCAUUCGCAUUGCCGUUAUGGAAAUGAUUAUGCGCCGGCGAGGCAAGCUGGACAAUAGCAAGCCUGGACGUGCGCGCUGGGCACUGCCACCCAGAAAGACAUCGACUAAACCCUAUGAGAUUGGGGCCGAUGGUGUUCCAGAGCGAUGGAUUCCUCUGCCAAUUGCUGACUAG